AUGGAUCGGAUCAAUAAUCUGCCGGAUGAUUUGCUGUUGAAGAUUGUUUCAUCACUUCCUACGAAAAACAUAGCCGCGACAAUGCUUUUGUCGAAACGAUGGAUGAUUGUUUGGAAGAUGCUUCCAAGACUUGAUUUUGAUGAUGGUCAUGAACUCGAGCUUUCCAAAUACGAAAGAUUUAUCAAGUUUGUGGACAGAUCAUUGGUACUGAACAGAGCUCCGGUUCUUGAAGCUUUGAAGUUCGUCCUUGGUCCCUGUUCCAGUCCUAAAGAUUUGGCUACAUGGAUCAGGAUUGGAAUGGCUCGCCAUGUGCGUGAGCUUGAAAUUCGCCGUUGUGAAGGAUAUUCCCAGGAACAUAAGUAUAUUCCCAAGAUGCCAAAGAGUCUUUAUACUUACGAGAAGCUCGAGGUCUUGAAACUCAGUGGCUGUGUUAUUCUGAAUGUCCCUGUCGAUGUUUGUUUCCCGUCCUUGAAAACAUUACACCUUAUACGUGUAGAGCACGAAACCAAUGAGUCUCUCCUUAGGCUUUUAUCGGGCUGUCUCGUUCUUGAGGAUUUGGUGUUGGACAAAACUUAUGGUUAUGGUUUCCCAUCUGUAGUCGUUCAAAGGCAUACCUUGCAGAGAUUAUCUAUACUUGAUACAUACCAAGAAGCAUACGUAGGCCAAGGUUUCCACGUGAUUUUGAUCUGUGUCUCAUCUUUGAAGUACUUGAACUUUGUAGAUUACUUUGGUGACUUGCAUAUGUCUGGGGAUAUGCCUGAGGUGGUUGAGGCACAUGUUAGAUUUGUUCACAAAAAUCCUGAGAUGUUGCUAAAAUCUAUUCCAUCAGUCAAGCAUCUCUGCUUAUGUUUAACAGCUUCCAUGGUAAUUAAAUGCCACCGCAUUGUAUUUCAUCAUCUUGUUCAUUUGGAGCUCUGUCCACUUCGCCAAGAUUGGUGGGAUUUACUUACUUGGAUGCUCGAAAGUUCUCCUAAACUACAAGUUCUUGAGAUCUCCGAGUGCGACCAAAGCCUUUGUUUGAAAGAGCCGAUUAUUGGAGAUCAUUGGGCAGGACCAAGUUCAGUUCCUGAAUGUUUGAUGUCCCAUCUACAUACUUUCAAGUGGAAUGAUUACAGAAGAAGGAGCAACGAAAAGGAAAUAGUGGCGUACGUCCUUAAGAACGCAACACAGUUGCAGACUGUGAGUAUCUCUGUGUAUAAAUACGAUUCAGAGGAAGAACGAUUUCAGAAACUCAAUGAGUUGGUUUCUCUGCCUAUAGCUUCAAGCUCAAGUCGGCUUCUGCUUGAUUGA